CAGGGUCCAAGGGAAAUGAUCUAUAUAAUAUAAGGCCAUGAUUCCGGUUCUACGACCCCCAACCUCUGUUGUUUUCUCAAGGGUCCGCCAGUCUCGCAGAAUGACUAGAAGAAAUAUUGCCAUCGAGACCCUACCUCGGCUACCAAUCUUUGAAGCUCUCUCCUCGCACAAUCCAAAGAACAUUGCAAUCGUUCACUCCGAGUCUGGAGACAAAUUUACGUAUUGCAGUCUAUUAUCAGAUACAGCAAAGCUCAAAAGAAAACUACUGGAGAUGACCAAGGCUGAUGAUUUGCAGGAGCAGCGAAUGGCGUUUUUCGUAGAGAACGGAUACAACUAUGUAGGUGCGCUAACGCCAACAGACUGUCCAGAAAGACAUCAUACCUCCAAGUACUGAUUGGGUGCUCUGCAGUUUCACUAUUGGGUAUAUUUGCGGCAGGUGGAAUGGCAGUUCCUCUACACCCUAGUCACCCACCCAAAGAACUUCAUUAUAUCACCAAGAACUCCACCCCAAUAACCAUCCUAACAACUCCCAAUUCCAAAGCUCACCAAGUAUUUCCCCCGGGCUUCGAUUCCCCACCAAUCCUCAACUUUCCCGAGUACCCCCCUGACAAACCGCACGAUGCUCCAGUACCGGUGGAUCUCUCCCCAGCACUAGACCCCCUCCGAGGAGCCUUGAUGAUCUACACCUCUGGCACAACCGCCGCCCCCAAAGGUGUAGUCUUAACCCACAAGAAUCUAACAACCCAGGCAACAACUCUAGUCACAGCCUGGGAAAUGGGAAAAGAUGACCACCUCCUACACGUCCUCCCCCUCCACCAUGUCCACGGAAUUAUAAAUGCAACCCUUGCCCCUCUCUUCGCAGGUGGAACAGUAGAAUACCUAUUCCCCUUCACCGCGCAAAAAGUCUGGUCCCGCUUUGCCGAUACCUCGAGGAAGCCGAUAAGUCUGUUCAUGGCAGUACCAACAAUAUACUCCCGUCUCAUAAAUUCAUACGGGACGCUACCGGAGCCCACGCGCUCCGCGGGUAAGAAGAAUGUGUCGAAUUUGCGAUUAGCGGUAUCGGGCUCUGCAGCGCUACCAGCGAGCACAAAGCAGAAGUGGGAGUCUCUGGGUGGUAACCUACUGGAGCGGUAUGGGAUGACUGAGAUUGGUAUGGCGCUCUCCCAGCGUUUACCGCUGACCGACCGAAUGGCGAAUUCUGUUGGGUGGCCGUUGCCAGGCGUCGAAGUGCGCCUCGCGAGCGAUGGCGCAGAUAUAAAGGAAGUUGGGCAAGAAGGGGAGAUACAAAUCCGUGGUAACAAUGUCUUCCGCGAGUACUGGCAGAAGGAAGAGGCGACAAAAAAGGAGUUUACAGAGGACGGGUGGUUCAAAACUGGAGACGUAGCGACACGCGAUGAGAGAGGAGCUUACUAUAUCAAAGGGAGGGCAAGCGUUGAUAGUAAGCUUCCCCAAUCAUACCAACCGCCUUACAGGAUUACAGCCUGAUCUUGGGAAAUAGUAAUUAAAUCUGGCGGCGAGAAAAUAUCCGCCCUAGAAGUCGAACGAGAAUUACUUGAGCUGCCGCAAGUGGCCGAGGCAGCAGUAGUAGGUCUUGAAGACGAAAACUGGGGGCAGAGAGUGGCAGCGGUGCUCGUGCUCACCCUGCAGGGUAAAAACGAAGAAUUUGGCUUAGUAAAGAUGAGGGCCGAGAUGAAGAAGCGGGUUGCUGAGUAUAAGGUCCCAAGGGAAAUCAAGGUUUUGGAGGCCAUCCCGAGGAACCAGAUGGGGAAAGUUAAUAAGAAGGAGCUUGUUAAGAAGGUUUUUGCAGGGGAUGAUCCGUAGUCAUAGAUUGUCACUCGGUAGCUUUCGGUCUGGACUCUAUUCCUCUUUUUCCGGCUGGCGGAUAACGGGAGUCACGGAGGAAAGGUGACCCAUUCGUGACAUCUCGUUACUGUAUUGUAAU